AUGGCUGUUACAGAUGUCACGAGCGAAGAGGAGGGUCGCGCGGACUCCCCGAGGGAGACGGACAACACGGAAAUCGAAGCUGCUGCCUGUGGGUGGGGAUUUAUAACCCCGUCCGUGUGUCAAAAAUUUCGUACUCCAAGAUGGCUAUUAUUCACCCUGUGCUGCACGUGUUUUGUCCAGAAUAUGGCCAUUAGCGGGUUUGUUAAUGUGAUCAUAUCCUCCAUCGAGAGACGUUACGAACUAACUAGCGCUGAAUCAGGACUGGUCGCAAGUGCCUACGACAUCUCCUCUGCCAUCAUGAUACUUCCGGUCAGUUUCCUAGGAGGUCUAGGUACGAAACCACGUUACAUCGGGUUAGGGUUUCUUCUGUUCGGACUGUCCUGUGUCCUUUUUUCCUUCCCUCAUUUCCUGUCUGGAUUGUAUGAUUAUGGAGAAGAUGACGGCGGACUUUGUAUACCAGGAAGCAGCGCUACGUCAUCUUGUGAAGAUCAGACGACGUCACUAUCUAAUUAUAAGUACAUGUUCUACGCGGCAAUGGUCCUGAUGGGAGCUGGCACUGCGCCCCUGUACACUCUAGGGACAGCAUUUCUAGAGGAGAGUGUCCCUGUACGAUCUGCCUCUUUCUACUUAGGUAUCUACUAUGGUUGCAGUGUCCUGGGACCAGCUAUGGGAUACAUAUUAGGUGGUCUACUGUUGAAUAUAUAUGUGGAUUUUGAUACGGUGGAUACUGCCAGCGUGACAAUUGAUUCAACAAGCUCACGGUUCGUGGGGGCGUGGUGGGUAGGCUUUGUUGUGUGUGGAGUAUUAUCCGUCCUCAUCAGCGUUCCUUUAUCGGCUUUCCCUGCUGCACUUCCAGGUUCAGCAAAGUAUUUAGCCGAGCGCCAGACGGAAGUUUACAAAAACAAGGAAGUGCUUCCAAACGAUAUUGGACGUAAUUCUCGCGUCUCUCAUAUCGGAAAAUCUCUGAAAAUUUUGUUAACCAACCCUACCUAUAUGUUCCUGAACUUAGCCUCAGCGACAGACGGAAUACUGUUGGUUGGUUUGUCAACAUUCAUUCCAAAGUUCACGGAGAUACAGUUCGGACUUCCCUCCUCUACUGCCGCCUUGUAUGUUGGUGCCGUAGUUGUUCCUGGAGGAGCAGGUGGUACCCUGCUGGGAGGCUAUAUCAUAAAGAGAUUCAACUUGCGUUUGAAGAGGAUUCUACAGACCUGCAUGGCUCUAGUCAUCGGCAGCCUUCUUUUUUCACUCGUUUUCAUUAUGAGCUGUCCCAGCGUCCCAUUCGCUGGUGUCAAUAUUCUGUACGGAAGUACAGACCUACAAAGUACUUCAUUCCUGGGAAGUUUUGUGACGGACACCUGUCAGACCAACUGUGGGUGUAGCCAAGAGAAGUUCAGUCCUAUAUGUGGUCAGGACGGGUUGACCUACUUUUCACCUUGUCAUGCUGGCUGUCAGACAAUCGUCAAUGUCGGCUCAGAUAUGCAAUAUUCGAACUGUACAUGUGUGGAGAACAACGCUACAGAACACGACGCAGAGAUGCACCAGUGCAAAUCUGAAUGUAAUCUGCCGUUGUUUAUGGUGCUUUUCUUCGCGGCUGUUUUGCUCACAUUUGUCAGCUCCAUUCCUUACCUAACCGCUACCAUCAGGUGUGUUCCACCAAACGAACGGGCUUUUGCGCUGGGAAUAGAGUUGUGUAUAACGAAAAGUCUUGGGUAUAUACCUGGCCCGAUACUGUUCGGCUGGCUGAUUGAUCUCUCCUGUUUAGUCUGGAACUCAAAGUGUGGAGAAGACGGCUCAUGUUUCUUUUACGACAAUGAUAAGAUGAGUAACAAUAUUUUGACGAUUGUUAUCGUUGGGAAGGCAGUCACCACUCUAUGGACAAUUCUCGCUUAUUUGUGUUAUAUCCGGCGAGAUAAAACUAAAACGGAAGAACAUCAGGACGAUUUGAAACAAGGGAGUCAGUUUUCCUCUCAAGAGACCGGAAUCUCUGUUGUAUCUGAUCAGAAUGUGCCAGCACAGUUCACAGGGAUUACCCCAAAUAAUACACAUCUUCAGAAUUCUUCUAAACUAACAUAUUUAGAACCAGAAAGUGUUAAAACAACGCCAUCGUCGACAGAAGUUGAAGGGCCAACGAAUAACAGCAUGCCACGAACGGGAUCUUUUAUUACUGAGCUGUAG